AUGGUAAUAUUUCUUAUCUAUCUAUCUAUCUAUCUAUCUAUCUAUCUAUCUAUCUAUCUCAAUUUCUUAUCUAUCUAUCUAUCUAUCUAUCUAUCUAUCUAUCUAUCUAUAUUAGCAUGUUUAUAUCUAUCUACCUCAGCCUGUUCAUAUCUGUCUAUCUCAGUUUGUCCCCUUCUAUCUAUCUAUCUAUCUAUCUAUCUAUCUAUCUAUCUAUCUCAGUAUAUAUUGGUUUGGUUUGUUUUGUUUUACGACAUAUCAACCUCAAUGGGUUAUUUAAUGCGGACAAUUUUUUUAUUGCUGGUAAUUAAUUAUCUAUCUAUCUAUCUAUCUAUCUAUCUAUCUAUCUAUCUAUCUCAGUCCGUUUAUAUCUAUCUAUCUAUCUAUCUAUCUAUCUAUCUAUCUAUAUCAGCCUGUUUAUAUCUAUGUACUUCAGCCUGUUCAUAUCUGUCUCAGUUUCUAUCUAUUUACCUAUCUAUCUAUCUAUCUAUCUAUCUAUCUAUCUAUCUAUCUAUCUCAGCCUGUUUAUAUCUAUGUACCUCAGCCUGUUCAUAUCAGUCUCAGUUUCUAUCUAUCUAUCUAUCUAUCUAUCUAUCUAUCUAUCUAUCUAUCUAUCUCAAGUUUUUCAAGCGUGAUAAAAAUGUGUCUCCUCAAUCCACUGGUAUUUUCGUUCUAUCUCCCCCAAAGUUUGCUCUUUCCAGUACUACUAAAGCUACUAAUAUUACUGAUUCUGGUUCUUCUUCUUCUUCUUCUUCUUCUUCUUCUUAUAAUAAUAAUAAUUAUUAUUAUUAUUCUUUUCAUCUCUCUUUUCUUCUUUUUCUUAUUCUUUUUCUUCUUCUUUUUUUCUUUUUUCUUAAUUUUCUUUUUCUUUUCUUUUCUUUCUUUUUUUCUUCUUUUUUUCUUCUUUUUUUUUCUUUUUUCUUAAUUUUUUCUUUUUCUUCUUUCUUUUUUCUUCUUUUUCUUUUCUUUUUCUUCUUUUUUCUUUUUUCUUAA